GUCUCUGUGGUGUGUAGUUAGCUUACUACCAUAGCGACUCGCAUAAGAAGCAUAAAUUUUAUAAUGGGAAAAUCCAAGAAAGCAAAGGCUAAAAGAGCCGAUUUUAAUAAACAAAAACUCAAAGUUGGCAAAUCGAAACAAUUGCCAAACAAUUUUACAGACACGAGUUUUCGAUCAAAAACUCUUGUUUUACCUACGCAAGCUACAAUUGAAAAAGAAGAGUUUACACAUGAUGCGAAAGACCGUGCGCAAUUUUCACAUCUAAUUGGGAUGCUUAAGCACCAUAAUGCUUCUCAAAGACAAGAAUCGCUGGACAAACUAUCGCAUUAUGUUUUGUCUCAUCCUGGAUUGUUGACAAUGUCAACGUCGUUGUUAGCAAAGGUUACGGCACCUCUGAUUCUAGAUGAAUCAGCUCAAGUGCGAGAAAGUCUAUACCAAUUUUUCGUAAAAGUCAUGUUCACCAUAGACCCCAAUCUUUUAGAGCCCAAUGUUGGUAUUAUGUUUCUGUAUACCCAUUCAGGAAUGACGCAUAUCACUCCUUCUAUCAGAAAUGACUCAACUCGGUAUCUUUCACUCAUACUAAAAGCUUGCCGAAAUAAUCUGAAUCCUUCUGUGAUUUCUCUGCACUGGAAAAAGACUUUGGAAUGCUUCUCUAGUUUACUUGGUUGGAGUUCUGAUACAGCAUCAGUUAAAAGAACGUCCGUUUUUUCUAAAAAAUCCACCUCUAAUUUAAUUCGUCAUAUAAGCGUCUGCAGUGAAUUUUUACAUUUAGGGCUUGAUCCAAACCGUCAGUCAAAGACUGCUCGAUCCGCUAUUCAUUUAGAUUAUCCUUAUAUGGAACACAACAUAGUGGUACACCCACAAUUUGAUCUUCUGAGGACGCCGAGUUCGUUUUCGUAUCUUUCACUCUUUAGUGCCAGCAAACAUGACCUAGUUGAUAAUCCUCAAUUUCGAUUUCAAAAUAUGGUUCCGUUUAUUCCAGGACUCUUAGAUUUUGUCAGGGAUGCUUGGUCUGAUGCUUGUCCUAUACUUAAAGACUCUCGGACGAGUUCCGGUUCUUCUAAGAUUUGCCUGUCGGUUAUUUCUAUCUUAGAUAUACUAAUGACUUAUAUAUUCACGUCUUCAGUCGAAGAAGAUAAGUUGAAGAAAAAAUAUACGAAGGUUUUCGAAAAAGUUGAUCGUGAAUUGGGGUUAUUGCAGGUUAAUUUUGGGGCAGAACAAGAAUGGAAAAGCAUUAUUAAUCAGUUUCAGCGUCUUAAAAAGAAGAUUGAAGAUCUGGAAGAAGAAUGAGUGAAGUUCAUUCGUCAAUAUUUUAUUAACACUGUUUUAAUAAGAUUUGGGUUAUCGGAAUAAGUAAUGUAGACUUAAAGGGACUGCUGAUUGAGUUAACAUAUUGUGUUAAUGCUGUCUAAUUGUUUUACAAGAAUCUUUGCUGCAGUGUACCAAUCCUGGGAGUUCUCUAUCAUUGCACCUCCAAGAAAUUGAGGAUUACUCAAGUCCCACUUUGCCGUUUCGGUUGGCCUGAUAAAUUUGUUAUGUUCAAAUUGAGAGUGCAUGAACGGACUCUCUAUUUUAACCGUAUAAUUUGUAGAAAAAUCUGCGUUCUCAGUUUGGUUCACACACACGUACUGUGAAAAAGGAUCUUUUAUAGAAGAAUAGAUCUCAAAAUCCUUAAUCUUAGAGUACUUCAACAAAAAAUCAGUAGACUGCGGAAGUACGUCCUUGUUAAACAGUACUGAAUUUUCCUG